ACCUUUCAACCGUUCAACCUUUUGUAUGAAAUACCUCUGCAGUACUUUGUAAAUUCAACAAAUAACUUUAAAACUCUUCAGAAUAAAAAUGCUCGAUGAUUCUCUGCUGAAAGGUGGUUUUAUUGUUAUUCUUGAUAUGUCACUGGCUCUAGUUAGUGUUAUCGCUAACCUAGUGAUCAUAACAUCAAUCAGAGAGUGGGAUGGAUUGGUGAAUAUAACUUACAGUAUCCUGGUCGCAAACCUUUGCUUUUCAAACCUCGUCAGCGCUGUACUCGUCAAGUCGAUAUCUGUUGUACGGAACGGUUACGCAGUUGCUUCUAACUCUACGACCACAGAUGUCGUAUUCUGCUCAAUUCAAUCUUUUGGACACAGGGUAACCCUAGCCGUCUACCCCUGGACACUGUUCUGUAUGAGCUGGGUUCUCUUCUUCCAUGUACAUAACAUACAUAACAAAAAACAGAGGAUUCCUGAUAGAGAUCCCUUGACUAACCUGGAGGAUGAGAUGGCACAGGAAGAUCAGGUUGACAAUGCGGAGGGAAAGGCUGGAAUCCUGGAAAAGGGAUUGUUGACUGGAAUAUGGAUUGCAGGAUUAGGAUAUGGUCUACUCUCAGAUUCUUGUGAACUAAGAGAAAAACCAUUCUCAACAUCAGGUUGGGUUUCAUCAGUAUUCCUUUUCCUAGUUCCGGUAUUCCUGGGUCCUAUACUGGCGCUCUUAGUUACAUUUAUACUUACAUUUACUCAGAGACCGGAGGUAGAAAGGAUUGAUGAGGCUAAUUAUCCUGCUGUCCCUAGAAAUCAACCUCCUGGGACCAAUCCAAGAUCUUCUUUCAGCAGGGACCAAGCUGAGGAAUCAAGCAAACACAUUGAAAACCAGGAACAGUCAGGAACUCUUGUCUUGAUGGAACAGUUUGAGAGUCUGGAACCAGAGUUAAAGGAUUAUAAGAACGACCCUAAUGCAUUUAAAAUAGAAAAUAUUCAUUCUAAACUAGAAGUUUUUAAAACUCCUCAGGACAAUACUCCGGAGAAUAUGACAGCAGAUUUUGAAUAUCGGAUAGUUAUAAAUGCAUGUUUGGAUGCUAGAAUACAGGACGAUUCGUCAAACAUUGAUUCCGCACACAGAAUAAAAAAUCCAUUUUCAUCCAACAUAACCUGUCUAACUCUACUCAACAUUAUCCUUCUGUUAAUAUUCCUGGCUGGAAAGGUUGGUUCAGAAUUAAUAAAUAUGCGUAUUCUAUAUUAUGUUCUUCUCAAAUGUAUUGUUGGAACGAGCCACCAUCUUCUCUCUCCGCUUGCACUGCUCUACAGCUAUGUGGAACUCAGAAACGCCGCAAAAGUCGUGUUUAUGCGCGGCGGCACUGUUCAAAACAAGUCUAAGGAGAUGGCACUUUCUGAGCUCAAGAAAGAACUUGGAAUAAUAUCACGUGACUCGUAAUAAAAGAGUUCAUUAAUAUUAAUAAACAUUGUUUAAUAAUUUUUUUUUAUGAUGAUACUUUACAGAGAUCUAGUCAGCUAAGAAA